UGCCCACCUGAUUGACGCAAGCGCCUCAUCGUCGCCGACGCAAGCGGACCACGACAGGUCUCAUUCCCCACACGUAUAUCAACACCACCCCGACACAAAGUGCCCUCACAUUCACGAUGCCGCUCAGAGCCGAAUUACCCAUUGUGCGCGUUGAGCACGGCUCGAUGCACACCAUUGAGACCCGCAACCCCGAGAACCUCUUUGGACUAUGGAGUGUCUUCUCCAAAUGCUCGCCUGCCAUGGAGGACGGAAAGCGCUACGAGAACAUGGCCUGGCGGCUGUGGGCGCGCGAGACGUUCUGCUGUCAGCCCGACCACGUUGUGCCGCCGCAGUGGUCGUUUGACCAAGAAAUCGCCGCAGGUGCCACUGCAGACGUACCAGAGUUGUCCACCAGCGUAGCAUCGGAUGACUCCAUCGCCAUGGACCCUCUCACCACGAGCCAGCACCGCUCGGACUCUUCAGCGUCCCGUCCAGACCUGCGCCGCCACGACUCGGCCACUAGCAAUGCCCGCGGCAAGCACAUGACCCCCAUCGACCUGGAAAAGGUCGUCAAUUCGAUACAAGCGAAGAAGGUCAUUGAACCCUUGUCGCCGCUGCCCCCGCAGCUCGCCCCGCAGACGACCGAAACACAACGACCAGAGGAAGCAGCAGCCCCACGUUCUGUAUCGCCACCUUUAACUGCACGCCGCUGCGCUCCUGAGCUCUCGACAUCUACAUUCGCCACGGCUCGCGGCAGCGACGACUUGAGCGCCACUGGCUCAGAAGCCAGCACCUCCACCGACAUGAGCCAGCACAGCGUCGUCCGUGGCUUCGAGCCUGGCCACAUCUCCACCUCAAUACGUUCAAGCACUAACCUGGUACCUACGCCAUCGAUUUUGAAGAAGACCUCUAGCUUCAUUGUAAAGCCAGCGCCAUCAAGGACAGAGCCUAUGAAGAAGAAGCAGCCAAUGUUCACUCUCGGCGGCUCGUCUGACGAGGAUGCCAGCAGCUCACUCGAGGCCUACUCACUGGCACAGCGCAGCUCCUUGUCUGAGAACCUUCGCAAAGCCGGCUCAAUGCGCAAGACGACUUCUUUCGCCAACCAGAUCAGCCUGCGCCAGUACCAGGAGGCUAUCUGUGAGAGCGAAGGCGCCAUUGAGAGCGACAGCGACGAGCCAGACGAGAGUGCCAUCGAAGAGGAGGACUCCGGUGAUGACUGGGAAGACGACGACGAGGAGGCCGACGAGAGCCAUCAGUCGAGCAUGCAAGCCACCAGCAUGUUCCCCCGUGUUGACUCCAAGCCCAACCUCACUUCCCACCGCUCACUUCUAACAACAAUGAUGCACGAAGGCGACCGUGCGCAAGCAAUGCAAAACGCAGCCCAGCGCCAACAGCCUCCGUCGAUCCGUCGGUCUCGCACAACAACACCGAACGGUCCUUCCAUCGGCAACUCGCCUCAGGAGGACAGUGGUUUGAUGAUGCGUCAACAGGCUUCCAGAGCCAAGCCUAUCAUCAUGACGACUUCGAACGUGCACCCUCCCGCCUUAUCUCCGCGGACCACCCGCCGACUCAUGCUUCAAAACGAGCUGAGCGGCUCUCUUCGUCAAAACCUACUGUGGGAACGGCAGCAGAAGAAUGCGACGACGAACGCAGCUAUGCGACGAGCUGCCACCACCACCGACCUUCAAGGCAUGAGCACCAUGGCCCAGCCUCAACCCACGCAUACGAGCGCGAAAAAUCCUAACAGCUAUUUCGACCAAGGUCUUGGUAGCUACCACACCAAGGGGUGGUAGUUGAUCUUUAUUGUUUUUACACUUGCACUUCUAGCGGCAUCCACAAGCGAGCAUUGGGCUCACGGCGUUUCGUGCUUUUUGGUACCCGUUCAGCAUUCUGAGCGGUGAUGAUGAGUAAUGACCUCCCAAAAUCUUCGAUGCUUUGAAGGCAUCCUGUACGCCCUACGAGGCUACGAUUCUCCUUCAGCGGACUAAGGGCGGUUCAACUGGCUUCUAAAGAAGGGUCAAGGCUCGCGCCUGGUCGAGUUGGCUUUCAUACAGCGGCAGCUCGUCCAUUGGUCUGUACUGUUACCUGCACUGUACUUCUAUUUGGGCUUAAUAG